GCGUUCGGCACGCGUCGUGUCGCUCGUCGCGACCGCGCAUUCGCUCCGUUGUGGAACGGGUACGGCGACCGCCGGGUCUGGGAAUCUAGCAGAAGCUCCGGGAGCUCCGGUUUUCGGUCGUGCUAGUCGUAGGAUUCGAGCGCUCGAGGGCGGUUCGUGUGAUGCGUGCGUCGUGCGUAUCGUGCGUGCCGUGAAUACGUGAAGUGUGCGCGAGCGCGCGAGAAGACCAGGCGAGCUACACGAGAGAGAGAAAGAGACGGAAGAUCUCGAGAAAAGGCGCCAGACGGAGAGAAAAGAAGAAAGAAAGAAAGAAAGAAGGAAGGAAGGUGGCACAAAGUCCGAUUCCUCGUGAAAGAGAAACAGCAGGAGAAGCGUAAAGUGGGGGAGAAAGGUGAAAGAAAGAGAGAAGAGAGAGAGAGAGAGCGAGAAGGGGAGAGACUCGUCGCGUUAUACGUGGUGUGUUGCAGUGUGAGAAGAAAGAGAAGGCGGCUACGGAGGAGGAGGAGGAGGAGGAGUAGGAGGAGAAGGAACGAAGUGACCAGUGUUUCCUCUCUCGGAGAUUCAGCGGGAUCUCGGCGAAUACUUUAAUCGCGCGGCUGGGUGCUUAUCGAUCGCGUCGUGUUUUUCCUCCGUGCCGAUCUCCUUCCGUGCCGUGCGGGACAGGACGGGAACAUCGUGCGGACGCCGCACACAAAUUCCGCUUUCCUCUCGCGUCGCGUACGUACAUCCCCUCCAUCGCCGCCCGUCUCUCCCCCCUCCGCCUUCUCCCCGUCGCGUUCCCUGGCCCUUCCGCGCCAGUCCUUCCCCUCUCCCUCGCGCGGGUUUUGUCCGUCGCGUUGUUGUUCGCCACCUCCUCUUCGCCGCGUGCGCGCACUCUCCUCGGGGUGCCGGCUGCCUUCGCUCGUCCGACGCUCCUCCGUGCGCGGCGCGCGGGGCGGGAAGGGAGGAAGACGACGAAGCGGCGGCGGUGGCGGCGGCGGCGGCGGCGGGACGCCGGGAGGAGUACAGGUGCAGGUGCAUGCAUAUAGACGGAGCGGUAACGACGUCGUCGUACACAGCGAGCACGUAGGAGAACGCGGGGUCCCUCGAGCGGUGAAGAAGACGAAGAAGUAGAAGUCGACGGGCGGGAGAGAGAUAGAGGAGGGAACGCGAGAGAAGGGAGAGGGAGUAGAAGGAGCAGCAGCAGCAGCAGGAGGAAGAGGAGGAGGAGACGGCAGACGGAGAGGCAUACACGCGAGCGCGUAGCAGCGGAAGGCGCUAGUCGCGAGAGAAGACGGGUCGAGAGACGCGACGUCCUCCGUCCUUUCGUUCCCCGUUGUCCUCGUGCGCGAAAAGUUUUCUCUCCUCCCCUCUACCCCUGUUGUCAUCGGUGGUCGUCUCCUCGGUGUGUAUAUAGUGCGUUCCUCCCCCUCGUGCUCUCCCCCGGCACCGUGGCAGGAUGGACGACACCGCGGACGGUCCGCCGCGAACGUCGGACGUCGGAGCAGCGGCGAUGGGAGGUGAGAAGAACGAAGACGCCGCCAGCAGCGACAGCGGCAGCAGCAGCAGCAGCGCCGUCACCUCUUCCUCCUCCUCGAGGAUGCGGACGGUCGACAACAACAAUGACGAUGACGACGACGCGAUGAGCGUCACCACCGCGCCCGCCGCUCCUAUCACCACCGACGCCGCCGUCGUCGUCGAGGAUCCCGUCGAGUGUCGCGGCGACCGGGGCUGCUCGAUGAGGGGCGCUGCCGUAACCGCUACCUCCUGCCCGCCGCCGCCGCCGACGUCGGCGACGACGAUGACGACGACGCCGCAGCCGCAGCAGCAGCUGCCGCCGGCCGCACCGCCGGGGUGUGGCUGCGUGGCGAACGUCGCGGCGGUCGACAGCAGGGACGAGAUCACCGUGUGCAUCACGCCGACCACCGGCGGCCAGUUCGACCUCGCGGUCGACCGCAACGACACCGUCGAGAAUCUCAAGAAGAUCAUCUCCAAGAAGCUGAAGGUCGCCAAGGAGCGCAUCUGCCUGCUGUACCGCGAGAGGCAGCUGCGCGAGGGCACGCUCGCGGAAAACGGCCUACAGAACGACAGUCGGCUAACGCUGCUGCCGAGCGUGGAAACCGGAUUGCUGGCGCAACGACCGGAGCAGAGCGUAAUGCAGGCCUUGGAGAGUCUCAAUGAUUCACAGGUGAAUGACUUCUUGUCCGGCAAGGCGCCGCUUAAUCUGACGAUGCGACUGGGUGACCACAUGAUGUUGAUCCAACUGCAGCUGUCUACUGUAACCCCAGCAUCGCCAACCGCCAGUCAAGCGAGCUCUGCCAGCAGUAGCAGCCAUAGUCAUCACAGUAGCAAUAGCAGCAGCAGCAGCAACAACGUUGUGGGCUUGCCCAAUGGUGGCAAUACCACGAGCAUGUCCAAUUUAUCUGGUGGUCAUUCGUCGUUGCAGGCCAGAAGGUGCCUCACGGCCAGAUCACCAGGAAAUAUCGUCAACAAACCGCAGAAUGUCAGCGGGGCACCGGCUAGCAGAACGUCGCAUCUAAUUAGCAGCCUCGCUAGUGCCCUGCACGCAGCCGCCAGCUACAGUAGCAGCGGCAGUCUACCCACCGCCAAUAUUACUACCACGAGCAACAGCCCGGUAUGCUCCAGCCGAGUCACAACACCCUCCUCUUCGUCUGUCUCGGCGGCGCCAAUUAGCCCGGCGCACUCAUCGUCGUCGUUCAGCAGUAACUCGGGCCAGUCGCAAUCUACGCGUGGCAAUUCGCACGGCGUCCCAUCUACAAACGGCAGUUCUUCCAGCGCGUGCCAGCCCUGUCCGCUUUAUCACCACCAUCAUCAUCACGGCCACCAUCACGGCCAUCACCACAGCCACCAUCAUCACCAUCAUCAUCACCAUCAUCAUCACCAUUCGAGGAACAAACCCAGUUUGCCCAAUCUUUCCACUUCUUCCUCUUCCUCUUCCUUCAGUUCGGGUUCGUCCCCGAUUCAGGAGCAAUCCACCUUGGAUCCGACGUCUUACGAUACGACGCUGCCUAGGAAGAAGCUUUGCAGCGGCCAUCAUCAUCACGGCCAGCCGUCAUCAUCCGUUAUCACUGGUGACAUGGACGCCACGAGGAGUCAACACGAGGAGUCAAAUCCGCAAAGCCCGACAUGCACCUCGUCGCUGAUGCUGGAGCAGUCGCCGCCCAAGCCCGCUACUCUCGACACCCGGGCGCUCGCCGAAGCGUCUCGGAACCUCACUCAGAAACUAAAGCAGCUCUCCUCUGAGGUACUCACCUCGCGGGUCGACCUCGCAGAGGAGAACGCGAGACGCAGGCAGGGCGCGAUAAUAGAGAGUAUGCAUCAUCAUGGCAAGGGCGUAUAUUCCGGUACGUUCAGCGGCACUCUGAACCCAGCCCUCCAGGACAGACACGGACGACCGAAGCGAGAUAUUAGCACCAUCAUUCACAUCCUGAAUGACUUGCUUUGCGCGACACCGGCUGCAUCCGCAGGUCACUACAGGCAUCAUCAUCACAGGCAUUCGCAUACUCGCCAGCAAUCCUCAAUGUCCACAUCUUCCGCAGGCACCACAGCGGCUGCGACGUCUACAACGUCGGUCGGCUGCCAUGAUUCCACACCAGGCUAUUCCAGCGAGGAAUUGUCAAAGGAGAACGAGGCAACGAAGGGCAAGAUGCGUCGGCUGCGCUUAGUCAUGGAGCAACGUCGUGCUAAGAGAAAAGCCAGGCGACAAGCGCGAGCGGCGCCAUACACCACGCAGUGGGCCGCAAUGACUCCCGCCGAUCCGAACCACGAGCCGAACACGUCGACUGCGACCUCGAGCACCACCACCACCACUAACAGCGCGGAGCCGCAGAAUGAGCCGGAGCUUCAGCCGUGCAGCCCCGAACCGGUCGUAGCUUAAAUACCACAUCACUAACAGUCAAUUCACGGCACAGUAGUAUCCUCUAUAUUCGUAUACAUAGGGUAUGAUUGUCGUUUUCGUUUUUACCUAUCGCACUGAUUUAUUCCGAAGGAAGAGAGUAUAUACAGGGUCGAACGUGUCCUAUCACGCAAUUACAUUCGCUCCGUACAACUCUCCGCGCAACCAAACGCUGCAAAACGUUUUAAACGUUUGAUUUGACACCUAUUUUUUGUUGAUACCCUAGUAUUCAGUCUCAAUCAUUACCGCGGAUCCGCCGAGUUUCUCUCCGUAUUAUGCAAGUGUCUCGCUUUCUCCAAUUUGCGUUACCUUAUGCAAAUAGACGUAAUUCGCGAGGAUUCGCUGGCUGAUGGAUCAGAAGAUGAACUCCAAUUGAUUAUCCUUUUCUUUGCAAACGAAAUCAUUAAUUACUAUAACAUUUUUUUAUAUCUUCUGUUUUUAUUUUUCUCUUUGGCUGUUUCGAUCUUUAAUCUUAGAAGAUUAAAGAUUUUUUUCUUUCUAUUAAAAAAAAAUUGUUUUAGAUUAAAAUGCUUUUUGCAAUAUAACAUGCAUUGCGUAGCGUCGCGCAUUAAUAUUUGUCGUCCUAUAAAAGAAAAAAAUCACUUGCAAUUCACCUUCAGCCACGAACGCAUCAUUUCAACUCAAUCGCGCGUUUGCUUAUUACUAUCAUCAAUGUACAAUGUGACAACGUAUCGUGAUUAUCACAUGAUCACGUUUCCCGUGACGCAAACGACAUAUAAAGCCGUAGGUAUCGGGGCAUUUGGGCGUCUAUUAAAAAAAAAAAUAAUUGUGCGUGGCGUUACGGCUAUAUAUUAGGCAAUAUAUAGUGUUACCGCUAUAAUAAAAAUGUAUAUUACACAUAUAUUAUAUAUACAUAUACGUCAUUAUGUGUAUUUAGUAUAAUGAAGUAUUGGGUAUCUUAGUUAUAGUUUCCGAACGUUAAUAAAAUGGUGAUCUCGCAGUGUUUGGCCGGACUCAGGACUUGAUCGUAGUUGACAAUAAUUACGCUCUGCGAAUGAAUCAGUGUGACGGUUUUACGUAUCUAUACAUCGACAUCGCGCGGGAAGUCGAUGAAUUGUUUUGAAAGAGAUAGAUUGAGAAUGAAUGAAAGAAUAGAGAGAGAGAGAGAGAGAGAGAGAGAGAGAGAGAGAGAGAGAGAGAGAGAGAGAGAGUAAAAGAAAUAGGUAGAGAGUAAAAGCUCUUAUUAAGGCUCCUAUUAAGGAAUCCUAUUAAGGAACUUCCUGCUAGAAGUAAAACUCGCCGAUAAACACGCCACACGCGUUCAGAAAAUGGGAGAAAGAGAGGCGGAAAACUGCUAUAGUUUCGUCUAUGUGCAUUUACUGCACUCUCUUGACUAUUCUCUUGCUAUCGGGCACUCGAAGUCUUAUACGUAGAUGCAAAUAGAAAUCACGUGCGUUUGUAUGGAUUGCCAGUGCAAGGAAAAUGCGAUAGGAGCAAAAUAUCGCUGCGUUCAGUUGUGCACUCGAUGGCGGGACUUUUUGUCGUUUUUGAAGUAAGAAGAAAGAAGAAAUGUGCCCACGGUAACAUGACGCGCGUGACGAAAUCUGCAAAUUUUUUCUUCGCGUCCCUCAUAGACCGAUUAAUCUAAAAAUUGCAAUUUUUUUUGUAAGUAGCAAGUGCACUUUCCAACGUCUUCUUCUUUGAAUUAAAAUUGCACUGACGCGAAUGAUGUACGUUGGAGUAUUUUCUAUUUUUUAGUGAUAUCAUCGAUUGCUGGCAAUACUUAUGUAUCGAUCCGCGUAUUAUACACUCGUGUACGAUCGUGCGUAGAAAAUGUAAAGUAACAAUACAAGAAUAAGAUCUAAACGAGAGUAAAGUGAACAACACAAAGGUGUUGACUAUGUUUUUAAUGUUACUGUCUGGCUUGGUAGACUGGAAAUUGGAUGAUAUUCAAAAACAUUGUUUUAUUCAAUAUCUUCCCAGCACUUGUGUUCGUUUUUGGAUAUAUUUGAUAUUCGAUUAAUAUUUAUCGAGUCAAUAUUCCAAAUUCGUUCAGUCUACCUUCAGUUCAUUAACUUAAUCGCGUUUAACUUUACCAAAAGAAAAUAUAGCAAAAGAAAAUUGAAAAGGACACAUGGAGAAUGAAAGAUUAUUUUUUACGUAUGUAGUUUAUAGAGCGAUCUAAGAAUAGAAGAAACCAUGUGUCCAAGUGAGGCGUAAAGUGGUUCAAGUUGAAAAUAGUUGAGUUGGAAAUAGCGUGUUUAUAUCAGUUCUUGUAGGGCAUAUGACACAUUAUGAAAUAUGCUUUCUUAAUCUGAUAAAUCAUAUCUCAACACUUGGUUACCCUUCGCCUCACAGGAUCAUAUUACACAUUAAAAAGAAUUCAGAUCCAUACGUACGAGGAAGGCGUAUAAGACGGUUCUUGUAGGAUGAAAAAUUGCGUGAUCGUAUUGCAUGGCGUGCUACGGCCCUACGAUUUAAGUUUAAGUUAAUUAGGUACUACCAGAUAAUACAGUGUCACAUAUUACUAAUAGAAUACAUUGCGUUUAGGUUUACUUUAGGAAGAAGAAAAUAUUAUUACCAUUAUUACAUUAUUAUAUAUCAUUAGUAUACCGCUAUUACAAUUUUUGCAAAACUGGCUCAAUAUUGUAAUAUACGACUAUCGGAACCUUUAUCGAGUACCAAAAUAAAUAAGAUUGCUUGCUAAA